CAAACAUUUUGACGGGUUAGGCUUUGCCCGGCUGGAUUACCGAGUGUCCCCGCGCUCGCUCGCUUCCUUGCCCGCUCCUUCUCGGCACUCGCCCCCCGUCUUUUCUUCUUUCUCUUUUCUUUCUUUUCCGCUUCCCCUCCCCUGCAUCCCGCGGCCCCCUCUCCUUCCCCUCCCUCCUUCCCUUCCUCCCUGAGCAUCUCGAGCACAGGGAUCCCCAAACAUCAGGACUUUUGGGGGCGCCUGUGCUGUCCAUGGGAAGAGCAUGCAUUGUGGGCUACUGGAGGAACCCGACAUGGAUUCCACAGAGAGCUGGAUCGAAAGAUGUCUCAACGAAAGUGAAACCAAGCGCUAUUCCAGCCACGCGUCUCUGGGGAAUGUUUCUAAUGACGAAAAUGAGGAAAAAGAAAAUAAUAGAGCAUCCAAGCCCCACUCCACUCCUGCUACUUUGCAAUGGCUGGAGGAGAACUAUGAGAUCGCCGAAGGGGUGUGCAUCCCACGGAGCGCCCUCUACAUGCAUUACCUGGACUUCUGCGAGAAGAAUGAUACCCAGCCGGUCAACGCAGCCAGCUUUGGGAAGAUCAUCCGGCAGCAGUUUCCUCAGUUAACUACCAGAAGACUCGGGACCCGAGGGCAGUCAAAGUACCAUUACUAUGGCAUCGCAGUGAAGGAAAGCUCUCAGUAUUAUGAUGUGAUGUAUUCCAAGAAAGGAGCCGCCUGGGUGAGCGAAACAGGGAAGAAAGAAGUAAGCAAACAGACGGUGGCAUAUUCGCCACGGUCCAAACUUGGAACGCUGCUGCCCGAGUUUCCAAAUGUCAAAGAUCUCAAUCUACCCACCAGUCUGCCCGAGGAGAAGGUCUCUACCUUUAUUAUGAUGUACAGAACACACUGUCAGAGAAUACUGGACACUGUAAUCAGAGCCAACUUUGACGAGGUUCAAAGUUUUCUUCUGCACUUUUGGCAAGGGAUGCCGCCCCACAUGCUGCCUGUUCUGGGCUCCUCCACGGUGGUGAACAUCGUCGGUGUGUGUGACUCCAUCCUCUACAAAGCUAUCUCCGGGGUGCUGAUGCCCACCGUGCUGCAGGCGUUACCUGACAGCUUAACUCAGGUGAUCCGGAAGUUUGCCAAGCAGCUGGACGAGUGGCUGAAAGUGGCUCUCCACGACCUCCCAGAAAACCUGCGGAACAUCAAAUUUGAACCCUGUUUUUCUGUCCAGACGGGCCUGUCCUCCUGGCAGGACUUGUGGGCCAAGACUCUGUUGGUCUCGCUGUUGAGCAAAGAUGCAUCUCGGACGGUGAUCCACAGCGCAGACAUCACCUUCCAGAUGCUGGAGGACUGGAGGAACGUGGACCUGAGCAGCAUCACCAAGCAAACCCUUUACACCAUGGAAGACUCUCGAGACGAACACCGGAAACUCAUCAUCCAGUUGUAUCAGGAGUUUGACCACCUCUUGGAAGGGCAGUCUCCCAUCGAGGCGUACAUCGAGUGGCUGGAUACCAUGGUGGACCGGUGUGUCGUGAAGGUUGCUGCCAAGAGACAAGGGUCCCUGAAGAAAGUGGCCCAGCAGUUCCUCUUGAUGUGGUCCUGUUUUGGCACAAGGGUGAUCCGGGAUAUGACCUUGCAUAGUGCCCCCAGCUUUGGGUCUUUUCACCUAAUCCACUUGAUGUUCGACGACUACGUGCUCUACCUGUUAGAAUCCUUGCACUGUCAGGAGCGGGCCAACGAGCUCAUGCGGGCUAUGAAGGGCGAGGGUAGGACGGCCGAAGUCCGCGAAGAGAUCCUUCUGACGGAGGCGGCCCCGCCAACCCCUUCACCUGUGUCAUCGUUUUCUCCAGCAAAAUCGGCCACGUCCGUGGAAGUGCCACCUCCCUCCUCCCCGGUCAGCAACCCAUCCCCUGAGUACACUGGCCUCGGUACUACAGGCGCCAUGCAGUCAUACACGUGGUCCCUCACCUACACGGUGACGACGGCUGCUGGGUCCCCAGCAGAAACCCCCCAGCAGCUGCCCUGCAUGAGGAGUACGCACGUGCCUUCGACCUCCGUCACACACCGGAUCCCAGUGUAUCCCCACAGAGAGGAGCACGGAUACGCGGGAAGCUAUAACUACGGGAGCUAUGGCAACCAGCAUCCCCAUCCCAUGCAGAGCCAGUACCCAGCCCUGCCUCACGACACAGCCAUCUCCGGCCCACUCCACUACUCCCCUUACCACAGGAGCUCUGCACAGUACCCUUUCAAUAGCCCCACUUCCCGGAUGGAGCCUUGCUUGAUGAGCAGCACUCCCAGACUGCACCCCACCCCCGUCACGCCCCGGUGGCCAGAGGUUCCCGCAGCCAACGCAUGCUACACCAGCCCGUCCGUGCACUCCACGAGGUACGGGAACGCCAGUGACGUGUACUCGCCCCUGGCCACGCGCCGGAACUCCGAGUACGAGCACAUGCAACACUUUCCCGGCUUUGCGUACAUCAACGGAGAGGCCUCCACAGGAUGGGCUAAGUGACUGCUCGCAUAGGAAUCCAUAUUUAAUAUUAAUAAUUAUUAUUAAUAAUAAUUAAAACCCCACCCCCACCCCCAAAGACUUUUUAUUCUCUACACAUGGUAGCUCACGGGCUAUGCCAGGGCAUCUGCUUUCCUAAAUGAGGGCAAAGCUGGGCUUCCACGUGGGGACAGCCGACCAGUUUAGUUCAGAGGCUGGGCUCCCUCUCAGGUGGCCGGCUUGGGUUCCUGUAGCCACAGCUGCCAGGGUGGUUUCCCCAGAAGCACUGUCUCAGGCAGGCCAGUGUGCAACCCCCUUUUCCCACAGUCCCAUGGCUUGGCUUCGUGUUGGCAACCAGCUCCAGUCAGCGACCGAUUUUCCAGUUGACACAAAGCCCCGUAGUCUUGAAGGGUAGAUACCAGUUUGGGUUCUGGGAUGGACACGCAAUUGACCAUUCACCUUGCCAUCCAUCUGGUCAUCUCACUCUACCACGAACCAACCCUCGGACGUGCUGUUCCCCCCUCCCUUCUAGCUGGCGGUGUCAUCCCAGCUUCCUGGAGCACCCGGGAUACACGGAGGCGGGUGGGGGUGGGGGGGUGCAGAGGCUCUAGAGCUCCACCCUCACCCCACCAUGCCUGUCAGUGUCCCCGCAUUCUCUUGGAUUGCAGACAAUCUCGAAAGAGCAGAGGCCUGUGCGGUGUGGCCUGCAGGUGAUCCGAGGUUUGUAGGGACCGGUCAGUUUUUCCACACCCACGUCUUGGUGCUCACUGUUGCCCAAUGGCUGGUGUCAGGAGAAGGCACGAGAGGGGUUUCCGAAGUUCUGGGAGGAUGUGGAUUGGUGGCCCCUGGCCUCGCCCUCAGCUCUGCCUUGUUAACUUUUCUCAAACUGGAAGGGCCCAACUUUCAACUUGCCCAGCACCAAGUGUGAAAGUGACUUUCACGUCCCUUCAUCAGACGUGAUACUAACCGACACUUUGUGAAGGAGAGAAAGAGAGAGAGAAAAUCAAAGCUGUGCCUUUGAGCCUAUACUAUACUGUGUAUGUGUGGAAAUAAAAUUGGACUGUACUUUUGGGAAAAUUUCUUUCAUAAGCUUUUUUUUUUUCUGUCAGAUUUGUAGCCAUUUGUGAGGUUUGUUAGCGAUUAACAUAGGUUUUCUUUCUGUAUUAUAAAAUGCACCAAGCAAUUAUGGUGGACCUAUUACCCUAUGGGUAAGAAAUAAAUGGGAAUAUGUCAUCGGAUGUUUGAGCAAUUGUUCUGUAAAUAAUAAAGCCUUUGAUCGCACCACUCAGUGUGAUAAUCAUGUCUACAGCUAAAAUGGGAAAUAGUUUUAUCUGUACAGUUGUGCAAGAUAUGAAUGGUUUCACACUCAAAUAAAAAGGUAUUGAAAUGA